AUGCUGGGAGACUUAAAGGUCACUUCAGAAAGUGAUUCUUCAUUAGUAAAGGUCUCCAACACCCUCGAAUCCCUGUCACAACAUGAUAUUCCAUCCAUGUCAUGGUGGGGUAGCUUUAAGGAUGGGUUUAAACCUUCCCCAUAUUGUACCACAGUUGAUACCACGAAUCUCACUGAUAUCGAAAGAGCCAACAAAGGUGUUGAACAAACGGUGUUGAAUAAAGACCUUAAAAAUAGACAUCUUCAAAUGUUAAGUUUAGGAGGGACUUUGGGAACCGGAUUGUUGAUAGGUUCGGGGUCGGCAUUAGCGACCGGAGGACCAGCAGCAUUAAUUAUCGGUUGGGGGAUAAUUGGAACCAUGGUGUUUAACACUGUGCAUGCAUUGGGAGAGCUUUGUGUUGCCCUUCCAGUUUCAGGAGCUUUUUCCAGUUAUGCAACAAGGUUUAUUGAUUCUUCGUGGGGAUUUGCAGUCGGUUGGAACUAUGCCCUUAUGUGGCUUAUAGUGUUACCAUUGGAAUUAGUGGCUGCUGCUAUUUCGAUCCAAUUUUGGAAUUCAAAUAUAAACCCAGUUGCCUGGGUGAGUGUCUUCUACAUUUUAAUCGUUGCUAUUAAUUUGUUUGGCGUUAAAGGAUAUGGAGAAGCAGAAUUUAUAUUAUCUACAUUCAAAGUAAUUGCUCUCUCAGGGUUUAUAAUCUUGGGGGUAAUUUUGGUAUGUGGUGGAGGGCCUACACAUGAGUUUAUUGGAAGUAGAUAUUGGAAAGAUCCGGGUCCUUUUGCUAAUGGUUUUAAGGGCGUGUGUUCAGUGUUUGUUACUGCAUCUUAUAGUUUAGCAGGUUCCGAGUUAGUUGGACUUGCAGCAUCUGAAUCCGAAGAUCCUUCCAAGACGUUACCAAAAGCCAUUAGACAAGUUUUCUGGAGGAUCUUCUUCUUCUUUUUCAUAACGUUGACAAUAGUGGGAUUGCUUGUUCCUUAUACUUCUUCAAAUUUAUUUGGUUCUGGUUCUGCUGUAUCACCAUUUGUGAUAGCCAUUAACAAUGCCCACAUCAAAGUAUUACCAUCCAUUUUCAAUGCAGUUAUCCUUGUUUCAGUAAUUUCAGUAGGGAAUUCUGCCGUAUAUGGAUGUUCACGUACAAUUCAAAGUCUUGGUGCUCAGGGCCUAGCUCCAAAAUUUUGUGCUUAUGUGGAUAAGCGAGGAAGACCUUUAGGCGGGCUUCUUGUGGCAGCAGUAUUUGGUUUGUUGUGUUUCCUAAGUGCAUACAAAGACGAGGAAUCUAUCUUUGCUUGGUUGUUGAGUAUAAGUGGGUUACUGACAAUAUUCCUGUGGAUUAACAUAGGGGUAUGUCAUAUAAGGUUCAGAAUGGCACUUAAACUUCAUGGUAAAACCACUGAUGAUUUGGAGUUUGUCUCGAUAGGAGGAAUUUGGGGAUCAAUCUAUUCAAUUGUCUUAUUGAUAUUGGUCUUGAUAGCACAAUUCUGGGUUGCAUUAUUUCCUGUUGGAGGGGACGGUUCUCCGAAUGCUAGAAUUUUUUUUCAGAAUUACCUUGGCGUCAUUGUGAUCUUGGUAUUCUACUUGGCUCAUAAGUUGUAUUCGAAAAAUUGGAGACUAUGCGUACCCCUUUAUUCAGUGAAACUUGACUGA